GUGGCUCUGCUUUUUUUACCCGGGUCACCGGCAGUGAACAGCACAGCAAACAUGGCUACCUCCAUGAGGAAAGCAGCUCACGAUAUCGAAGCGCGAAAACGGACCGAAGACGUGAUUCUGUCGGAGGGGAUCGACUUCGGCUCCUUGCUGCUGUCUCAGCCCGUGUUGGACGGACUGUCCGCCGCGGGAUUUCAGAAGCCGUCUCCGAUCCAGCUCAAGGCGAUCCCGCUCGGCCGCUGCGGACUCGAUUUGAUUGUGCAGGCCAAGUCUGGGACAGGAAAGACAUGCGUGUUCUGCACCAUCGCCCUGGACUCUCUGGUCCUGGAGAAUCCUUCAACCCAGGUUCUCGUGCUGGCUCCGACACGUGAGAUAGCAGUGCAGAUCCACUCGGUGGUCAUGGCCAUAGGCUGUGCCAUGGAGGGCCUGGAGUGCCAUGUUUUCAUUGGCGGCAGGCCUGUGAGUCAGGACAAAACCCACCUGAAGAAGUGUCAUGUAGCCGUGGGCUCACCUGGUCGCAUCAAGCAGCUUAUCGAGUUGGGCAUGUUGUCAACGGCCAGCAUCAGACUGUUUGUUCUGGACGAGGCAGACAAGCUGCUGGAGGAGGGCAGCUUCCAGGAACAGAUAAACUGGAUCUUCUCCUCGCUGCCUGUGAACAAACAGAUGCUCGCACUCUCCGCCACCUACCCAGAAUCCCUUGCUCAGCACCUCACUCGCUACAUGAGAGAGCCCACCUUUGUACGGCUAAAUCCAAGUGAUAUGGGCCUGAAAGGUCUGAAGCAGUAUUACAAGCUGGUUCAGUCCCAUCCGUUACCUCACAAGGUUUUUGAGGAGAAGGUGCAGCACUUGCUAGAGCUGUUUAGUAAAAUCCCCUUCAACCAAGCGCUGGUGUUUUCAAACCUACACACACGGGCUCAGCACCUGGCAGACAUCCUGUCCUCCAAAGGUCUGCCUGCUGUUUGCAUCUCUGGUGGUCUGAGUCAGGACCAGAGACUGGAGGCAAUGUCAAAACUGAAGCAGUACCAGUGCAGGGUGCUCAUCUCCACUGACCUGACUUCAAGAGGUAUAGAUGCAGAGAAGGUCAACUUGGUGAUAAACCUGGAUGUGCCGCAGGAUUGGGAAACUUACAUGCACAGAAUUGGACGAGCUGGACGUUUUGGCACUCAGGGACUGGCUGUGACCUACUGUUGCCAUGGCGAGGAGGAGAACAAGAUGAUGGCCAUCGCUCAGAAGUGUGGCCUUAGUUUGUCUGCGCUGCCAUCCACGAUAGAGCCCAGGUUGAUGGAUGAGCCGUGCGACUGGGAUGUCUGCACUGAAGCGUCCACUCCAGACCCGGUAUCCCGGCUGUUUCCCAGAGCAGAGAAGAAAAGACGUGCAAAGCCUGACGUCUCUGUGUCUGAUUGCAUUGAGGAUCGAGCUGUGGAGCCCGGCAGUCAAAGAAAGCCAGAGAAGAAGCAUCCAACGCCCAGGCGAGAGGCAGUCUGUGAAGAGGAUGCUAGAAAGAUAUCUUCCACAGAGGAUACUCUGCCUGCUCAGGUGACACAGACUCGAAAAGAGCUCCAAGACAGUCUGCCGAAGAUCCCUCCUCUCAGCUCGUUUAAGCACUGCAGGUCAAAGUUUGUGACCUUUGAGGAGGCCGAGCGGGACUUCCAGGACUUCAUCACUACAGGUCCGGGGAGAUCGGUGGAGAUCAUCAGAGAGUUCAGAGGCAGAGAGGAUGGUGAACCCAGCGAUCAGAAUGGGCAUAAGGAGUAUCUUACACUUGAUGAUGAUGGAGCGCAAAUGUUUACACAAAAUGUCGAACGGCUUAAAUCUAACUUUUCACCUCCAAGGUCCAUCUCUGGUUCUUCCAGUUCUGAAUCUGACAUGGAAGAUGAUGCGACACUGGAAAGUUCAAAUGAGACCACAGGAGCUGAGAACAGAGCUGUCACUAAGCCUCAGAUUGCAAUGACACAUCCACCUUCUCCACCCACACAACAAGCAAGCCCCACCAAACCCAAGGCUUAUACUCCUCCUCCACUCAGAAACUCUGACCAGACACUGUGUGCAACACGUGGGAGAGCUGUGCCUCCUCCCGAUAGCCGGGAAUCUGCAUUGAGCAUUAAAUCAGGCAGGCGAACCAAUCAGACAGCUCCGGCCCCAGCACGCCGAGAAGAAUCAAAAAAGAUGAAAAAAGAGACUGAAAAACAGAAAGAAAAGAUGGAAAGGGACCGGAAGAGGGAGAAGAAGGAAGACGGAGAUUGCACUGACAAAGAGGACGAGUGGUGUGCUGAAACGUACUGGAGAGCCUGCUACAGCGCCUGGAAUGAUUACUACGCCUCCAUGUCCCCGUUUCAAGAGCAAGGCUACCAAAGCUACUAUAAUGUAGCCUACAACUGGAUGGCAGCUUAUCGUAUGAACGCCGUCUACAUGGAAGAACUGAUGAGAAAAUGAGUUGUGGAUACCGUGACCAGGCUUUGCUUUU